GGAGGACAAGAGAGGCAGCCACAUGAUGCGGGACAGCUCUGUCGCCUGUCGGCCGUCCCGGAAAAACAGUCACUGACAGCGACACGCGAGCCAGGAGCCUCCCUCCAAAUCUCCCUCUCUCUCUCUGUCCAACCCUUUGGACCAGUCCUGCUCAGUUGACUGCCUGCAUCACUCCAGCCCUAAUUUCAACAAGACAGUUUGGCUUUCCUCACGUUUAUGCCAGGUGGUUGCCAUGGGAGCGCUGUUCCGGAGUGAGGAGGUGUGUCUGGUCCAGCUUUUCCUCCAAUCAGGAUCGGCCUACAGCUGUGUCAGUGAACUGGGAGAACUGGGAUUAGUGGAGUUUAGAGAUCUGAACCCGCAUGUGAAUUUGUUCCAGAGGAAGUUUGUGAAUGAGGUCAGGAGAUGUGAGGAGAUGGAGAAGACGUUCACCUUCCUGGAGCAGGAGAUUAGUCGCUCCCUGUCGCCUCCUCUUACGGGCCCGUUGCCUGUUCCGAGCCCCGCCCCCUCCGCUCCCCAGCCCAGAGAGCUGAUGGACAUAGAGGAAGAAAGCGAAAGACUGGCCAGAGAACUAAGAGAAGUGUCCAGUAACAGGGACAGUCUGAGGAGUCAGCUGACCCAGCUCAGCCAAUACCGCGGGGUCCUCAUCCAUACACACUCCCUCACCGAGUCACAGGCCCCACCACCUCCUCCGUCUCUGGAAACAUCCUCACUUUUGGACCAUGGACAAGACAUACACCUCAGUUUUGUAGCUGGGGUGGUCCACCCGUGGAAAGUGCCGGCCUUCGAGCGACUGCUGUGGCGAGCCUGCCGGGGUUACAUCAUCGUUGAUUUCCGAGAGAUGGAGGAGAGGCUGAAGAUGCCUGAAACGGGUGAAAUGGUCCAGUGGACGGUCUUUCUCAUCUCCUUCUGGGGCGAGACCAUUGGCCAGAAAGUCAAGAAAAUCUGUGACUGUUUCCACACCAAUACAUUUGUCUACCCAGAGAGCACCGUGGAGAGAGAGGAGAUUCUGAGAGGCCUAGAGAGCAGAAUUGUGGACAUCACGACAGUGCUGUCCCAGACUGAGAAUUACCUUCAGCAGCUGCUGUCCCGCUGUGUUUCCGCCCUGCCACAGUGGAAGGUGCGUGUGGGGAAGUGUAAGGCUGUGCAUACCAUCCUGAACCUGUGCAGUCCCUCCGUCACGGACAAAUGUCUGAUAGCCGAGGCCUGGUGUCCCGUCAGGAAGCUGCUGCUGCUGCAGAGCGCCCUCAUAGAGGGAACGAGGCAGAGUGCCAGUGGCGUGGACUCCUUCUAUAACCGCCUUCCCUCCUCCUCUUGCACUCCUCCUACUCUGUUCACCACCAAUUCCUUCACGGCAGCUUUUCAAAGCAUCGUGGACGCAUACGGGGUAGCCAAAUACCGAGAAGUCAAUCCAGCCGUCUACACCACGGUGACGUUUCCGUUCUUGUUUGCCGUGAUGUUUGGCGACGUGGGUCACGGUCUGCUCAUGGCCAUGGCAGCUCUCUGGAUGAUACUACAGGGCACAGACAACAAGAACGCACACAGUAGAAAUGAGAUGUGGAGGAUGGUGCACAGCGGUCGCUACGUGGUCUUAUUAAUGGGAUUAUUCUCAGUCUACACCGGGGCAAUUUACAACGACUGUUUCAGCAGAGGCCUGAGUAUUUUCCCCUCAGGGUGGCAUCUACGGCCUAUGAACUGGAGCGACGAAACCCUCAGGGGGAGUCAAUAUCUCAGUCUGGACCCCAACGUCACCGGAGUCUUCCAGGGGCCGUACCCCUUCGGCAUCGACCCGAUAUGGCGUCUAGCAAACAACCACCUAUCCUUUCUCAACUCUUAUAAGAUGAAGAUGUCUGUUAUAAUAGGAGUAUUGCACAUGACCUUCGGAGUCUGCCUCUCCUACUUCAACUACAGCUACAGCGGCCAGUGGACCAGUGUGUUUCUGGUUCUCAUCCCAGAGUUGGUCUUCAUGCUCAGUCUGUUUGGCUACCUGGUGUUCUUGAUUGUCUACAAGUGGCUGGCCUACGGGCCGGCAGACUCGGACCGAGCGCCAAGCAUCCUCAUCCACUUCAUCAACAUGUUUCUGUUCACCGACACCAAGGACAACCGUCCGCUGUACUCUGGACAGGUGAUCGUCCAGCGGGUGUUGGUUAUCAUGGCUCUGGCGUCAGUUCCCGUCUUGUUGCUAGGGAAACCGCUCUACCUGUAUUACCGCCACAGGAGACGUCGAGGCAUCUGCACAAUGGGAGCAGAGCGCCCCCCAGUGACAGACACAAGCUCCAUCAACGCCUUACUGGGGGAUCUGGAGGGAGGCAGGGGUCCACAAGAUGAGGGGGCGGAGGGUUUUGAUGCAGUUGAAGUGUUCAUGCACCAGGCCAUCCACACCAUCGAGUAUUGUCUGGGCUGCAUCUCCAACACGGCCUCCUACCUCAGACUGUGGGCCCUCAGCCUCGCACACGCACAGCUGUCCGAGGUGCUGUGGGUCAUGGUGAUGCGGAUCUCCCUCUCCUGGCAAGGCAUGCUGGGAUCUGUAGUCUUGGCGGUGAUCUUCUCCUUCUUUGCCAUGCUGACCGUCUCCAUCCUCCUGCUGAUGGAGGGGCUGUCGGCUUUCCUGCACGCUCUGCGCCUGCACUGGGUGGAGUUUCAGAACAAGUUCUACAGUGGGACUGGAUAUAAGCUCAGUCCGUUCUCCUUCUCCCCCAUCGUCAGCCCCCUCUAGGCCAGACUUUCAUCCCAACCAGGUCCACACACCAAACCACUGAUCAAGCUUCGUGUUUGGGACCAAAUGGGUUGUUGCGGAAUAUUGAAACAACAACAACAAAAAUAUGUAAUGCUGGCUGUGUACUUGAGCCUUUUUAAGCCUACGAUGGUCAAAUAAAUGCAGGGGGCCAGUAAAUUUGCAGUGCAAAAACAGGCUAAAGCUGCUAAAACUAGCUCUGGGCAGCGAUGUCAAGAGUUUUGAAAUACUGGCUAUGAGAUGCUAAGACUUAGCCUGUCAUAAAGGUAUUGAUCCCACUCACUACAACCCCUUAUACCAACAGAGAAGUCAGGUCAAAUCUUCAUUUCCCUAGCUCAUUAUGCACUGCUGUAAACACACACACACCCAAACCCCUUACCCCCAUCAGGUGCUGGGAUUAUCAGGAGUGGAUUACCACAUUUCCUCUUUUUUGCCCAAACUGCAAAAAAGUCAACAUUGGUGACAAAGGUAAAAAAAAGAAAAAUCAAAAAUUAGACUUUGACUUUUAACAUGGAGCUGUGUGGGCAACAUGAAAGAGCUUGAAUUGUUGCAUCACAGCUAUUUGUAAGUCCAAGUGAACACACACAUUCACCUGCAUUCAUCCAGAGGGAGUGCAAACGGCCACAUGUGUCAGCAUUUGUCAGUACCUGUGUGUACCACGGCAGUGCCAAAUCUGGAGAGCGCUAACAGUACUACUUUGUAUACAGUAUCAGUAUUUGUGCCUAACUUGCUACCGACACAAGAGCACAUGCAGCACACACACAACAACUACAAAGAUGGAGACAGUUCUCCUUCUGCUCCUCCUGCCCCGCAAACUAACAGAAAACUUUUGGAAAGACCAAAUUACAAAAGCCACAUAUGGAGCAAAAGCCAGUGAGCAAACGGUGCUUUACAUUUUCCAGACGAAAUGUGGAAACACAUCCAACCUAGCCAGCCACAUUCACUGUUUGUAACUAUUAUAUGACACCAAUUUAUACUGAAGUGUAUGGGAUAUCAUUUUGAAAUUGGUAUUGAGAAUCAAGGA